UAUGUGGGUUUCGUUUGCUGUCGAUGGUUCUUUCCAUAUGAGUGAGGAUAUUGUUGGACUUGGUUAUCAAUAUGAGUGAGGAUAUUGUUGAGAUUUGCACAGGUUAUUUUUAGAAAACAAAUCGACAAGGAAAUAGAAAAUAAAUUUAUACGGAUGGUUACAAGUGACAGGGACUAAAAACCUAAAACCUUGCUUUACAAUAAAAGAGAAAACGGAUUCCAUUAAGGUUAUUCACUUUCAGCUAGGUUUUGGAGUAUACGGUCCUGGCUGUCAGGCUCCAGCCAGGUUCCUGGACUACGGCAUGUACCAUACUUGGGUAAAACGUAGCAUCGAGAAGAUCGGAAUUCCAACAGUCAGCACUUUGGCAGACAACCACAUAGUGUUACGACGAAGCAUGUCGAAUGUCCAAAGAUUUGGGCCUUGUGACACCGAUGAGACAAAACGUAUCAUGUACUCUGACUACACAAUGGUCAAACCAAGAGACGGAAGGAUGGUGUAUAAUGUUUCAAUAUACUCGAACGUCGAAUACGCUUGUGUUGUGAUCAGGGCCGAUAAACUAUCGCAGAUAGUUGAAAACUCCCCCAAGAUCCACCUCCGACGCUGGUGCUCCAGCAGGCAGUUGACGUGCUCCAAUUUCCAAUUCAUAGACAUACAUUUUUACGCAGAAGUGGAAUUUGAUAUGAAGUUAGGUUUCAGCGUGAUAGCGUAUGGCAGGGAAGCGAGGACGAUCAGCCCUCAAAAGGUCAACAGGUACCUCAAUUCUGAUAUACGUCUACCAAUCCCAGACUACAACGAAACCAAAGCAAUUUACCAGCAUAAUCGGGCUGCAUACCCCUGGUUUAGGAAACCUUAAAGCUUGUUUAAUUUUUGUAUAGUGAGAAAAUAUGGAAAGAUUAUGGAAUUAAAAAUGAC